GAAAGAAGGAAGGAGAAACCGAAAAAGAAGAAGAACAACAGCGGCGCUAACAACUAGCUUGUCAGGCUACGUCGAGGAAAUUCAGAGAGUUGUCUUUCUUCUGCACACCGUCUCCCCUUCACCCCCCUCACAAGCGCUGCUGCAGGAUUGUUGGGUUUUAGCUCUCUUCCCCACCUGCCAACAUGCCAGCUGCACUUACAGAUUCCAGUCAGAUAAUCUGUGAAGUCUGGGCGAGCAAUGUGGAGGAAGAAAUGAGGAAGAUCCGACAGAUUAUUCAAAGCUACAAUUAUAUUGCCAUGGACACAGAAUUCCCUGGAGUGGUUGUUCGACCAAUCGGAGAGUUUCGAAGCACAGUAGACUACCAGUACCAGCUGCUGAGGUGUAACGUUGACCUCCUGAAAAUCAUCCAGCUCGGCCUCACAUUCAUGAAUGAGGAUGGGGACUAUCCUCCUGGCACAACGACGUGGCAGUUCAACUUCAAAUUCAACCUCACAGAAGACAUGUACUCACAGGACUCCAUAGACCUCCUCCAGAACUCCGGCCUCCAGUUUAAAAAACACGAAGAAGAGGGAAUCGACACACUCUACUUUGCAGAGCUCCUCAUGACGUCUGGUCUGGUGCUGUGUGAAAACGUCAAGUGGCUCUCCUUCCACAGUGGCUACGACUUUGGCUACCUGGUGAAACUGCUGACAGACGCGCGGCUCCCUGAGGAGGAACAUGACUUCUUCCAGAUCCUCAACCUUUUCUUUCCCGCCAUUUAUGACGUCAAGUACUUGAUGAAGAGCUGCAAGAACUUAAAGGGAGGGCUACAGGAAGUGGCAGACCAGCUGGAGCUGAAGAGGAUCGGGCGGCAGCAUCAGGCGGGAUCAGACUCGCUUCUCACAGGCAUGGCUUUCUUCAGGAUGAAAGAGCUUUUCUUCGAAGACAAUAUCGAUGAUGCAAAGUAUUGUGGGAGAUUGUAUGGCCUGGGCUCAGGCUCCACCCAACCCCAGAAUGGCAUCUCCAGCUCAGGCCAGGAGGAGACGAACAACAAGCACUGACUCAGCGCUCAAAAUAUUCAAGUGGAACACGCACUUGUUUUAAAACCCGACCAGCAGUUUUCUUCCCUGAUCUCCCUCAACACAUGCUCCCUGAAUGAGACAAACUAAAAGUUUCUUUAAAUUUUCUUCCUGAGUGACUGCAAAAUGGACUCACAGUGACAUUGGAUCACUCACUGGCUCAUUUGUUUCCUUUAAGUCACUUUUACUGAGUAUAUGGCCAUACAUUCAAAACUGUUUUUUUACAGCACUAUAGUGACCCCCUUCUUUAACAGCAUGGGACCAGCUCCUGUAUGAUACCAUGAUUUCAGACCAAACUUUGCCAAAAACAGCCAGAUUCUUUAGUUCAGUCAAUCCUUCUCAUCAGUGGGACUCAUCUCUUGUUGCAGGGAUUUCAUUUUUUAAGUUAAUGUUGGAAGGGCCUGUAAAUUAAAAUGUAUAAUUUUGAUGAAAAUAAAAAUGUUUUAGCUCUUUUCCACUUUCACAAACUUUUAACAGUGGGCGUCAAAGUGUAUAACUGUGCUUGGUUAUGCAUGUGUUUCAAUGGGCAAACUACUGUCGUUCUGUACAUUCACCCACCAAACCAAACUGUCCACCGUCAGGUUUACAGAUGUUGUGGUCACUGUUGUUUUUACAUUCUACAUUGUUUUAAACAGUUGUAUAUUAAAUUGUUUUGUAUUUUGAAUGUAAA